AAGGAGACCCAGAAAAGCGGAAGAGUUUACAGGCACACGGGGUAGGUUUGAAUUUGUUUUGUUUUCAAAAAUUAAACAAAUGAUUCUUCAGCAUCAUCGCCUCCAUUGCUUUAUCAGGUAUUACUUCCUUCUACUCUUUGUCCUUUAUUGAGUCUGACUUGAAGUAGUGACACUUCCUUCUUGACUAGAAUAUUUUUAUUGGGAACCCUUGUUUGUUCUUGAGAUGGUAUUACCACUGAAUGUCUCUGUCUCCUUGUCUAGUCCAACCAGUAUGUGUGGAUGUCAACGCGGUUCCAGAGAUAGUUUUGCAGGUGCAUCAGACCUUUGUUUUUGUUUUUGUUUGGGAGCAAGGGGGAGGGCAAGCGAACCUGUGUCACCAGGCUUCAUAUUCUUACAAGCGUAUGUUUAGAGAUUAUUGUACUUACAGGAUUUCUAACGUCUUACAAGGAGAAAUCUUCAUAGCCUCAACCAUGAAGACAAGCAGUCACUUAGGGCAUGGAUCUGCAGAACGAUGAACCACCCGUCGUUCUGAGAGCGGACAACUUCCGCAGGCGCCGGAGGAUGAAGCCGCGUAGCACGGCGGCCAGCCUGUCCUCGAUGGAACUCAUCCCCAUCGAGUUCGUGCUGCCCACGAGCCACCGCAACAGCAAGACCCCGGAAACGGCACUGCUGCACGUGGCCGGCCAUGGCAACGUGGAGCAGAUGAAGGCCCAAGUGUGGCUGCGCGCGCUGGAGACAAGCGUGGCAGCAGACUUCUACCACCGGUUCGGCCCGGACCACUUUCUUCUGCUCUACCAGAAAAAGGGACAGUGGUACGAGAUCUACGACAGGUACCAGGUGGUGCAGACCCUGGACUGCCUGCGCUACUGGAAGGUGCUGCGCAGAAGCCCAGGCCAGAUUCACGUGGUGCAGCGCCACGCACCUUCCGAGGAGACUUUGGCCUUCCAGCGGCAGCUCACGGCGCUGAUUGGCUACGACGUCACUGACAUCAGUAACGUGCACGACGACGAGCUCGAGUUCACGCGCCGCCGCCUGGUCACCCCGCGCAUGGCCGAGGUGGCCGGCCGCGACCCCAAGCUCUACGCCAUGCACCCCUGGGUGACAUCCAAGCCCCUUCCAGAGUACCUGUCGAAGAAGAUUGCCAACAACUGCAUCUUCCUUGUCAUUCACCGCAGCACCACCAGCCAGACCAUCAAGGUCUCAGCCGAUGACACCCCAGACACCAUCCUCCAGAGCUUCUUCACCAAGAUGGCCAAGAAGAAGUCUCUGAUGGAUAUCCCUGAAAGCCAAAGCGAGCAGGAUUUUGUGCUGCGCGUCUGUGGCCGGGAUGAAUAUCUGGUGGGUGAAACGCCCAUCAAAAACUUCCAGUGGGUGAGGCAUUGCCUCAAGAAUGGAGAAGAGAUUCAUCUGGUGCUUGACACUCCUCCGGACCCAGCUCUGGACGAGGUGAGGAAGGAAGAGUGGCCCCUUGUGGAUGACUGCACCGGAGUAACUGGCUACCAUGAGCAGCUGACCAUCCAUGGGAAGGACCAUGAGAGUGUGUUCACCGUGUCCCUGUGGGACUGUGACCGGAAGUUCCGAGUGAAGAUCCGAGGCAUUGACAUCCCUGUCCUGCCCCGGAACACUGACCUCACAGUUUUUGUGGAGGCAAACAUUCAGCAUGGGCAGCAAGUCCUUUGCCAAAGGAGAACCAGCCCCAAACCCUUCACAGAGGAGGUGCUCUGGAAUGUGUGGCUUGAGUUCGGUAUCAAAAUCAAAGACUUGCCUAAAGGGGCUUUACUGAACCUCCAGAUCUACUGCGGCAAAGCUCCGGCCCUGUCUGGCAAGGCUUCCGCAGAGACUCCCAGUUCUGAAUCCAAAGGCAAACUUCAGCUUCUCUACUAUGUGAACCUGCUGCUGAUAGACCACCGAUUUCUCCUGCGCCAUGGGGAAUAUGUGCUCCACAUGUGGCAGAUAUCCGGGAAGGGAGAAGACCAAGGGAGCUUCAAUGCUGACAAGCUCACGUCUGCAACCAACCCAGACAAGGAGAACUCAAUGUCCAUCUCCAUCCUUCUGGACAAUUACUGCCAUCCGAUAGCUUUGCCUAAGCAUAGGCCCACUCCUGACCCUGAAGGGGACCGGGUUCGUGCUGAAAUGCCCAACCAGCUUCGUAAGCAACUAGAAGCAAUCAUAGCCACAGAUCCACUUAACCCUCUCACAGCAGAAGACAAAGAAUUGCUCUGGCAUUUUAGAUAUGAAAGCCUUAAGUAUCCAAAAGCGUAUCCUAAGCUGUUUAGCUCAGUGAAAUGGGGGCAACAAGAAACUGUGGCCAAAACAUACCAGUUGUUAGCCAGAAGGGAGGUCUGGGAUCAAAGUGCUUUGGAUGUUGGGUUAACAAUGCAACUCCUGGACUGCAACUUUUCAGAUGAAAAUGUAAGAGCCAUUGCAGUUCAGAAACUGGAGAGCUUGGAGGAUGAUGAUGUUCUGCAUUACCUUUUGCAACUGGUCCAGGCUGUGAAAUUUGAGCCAUACCAUGACAGUGCCCUUGCCAGAUUUCUGCUGAAGCGUGGUUUAAGAAACAAAAGAAUCGGUCAUUUCUUGUUUUGGUUCUUGAGAAGUGAGAUAGCCCAGUCCAGGCACUAUCAACAGAGAUUUGCCGUGAUCCUGGAAGCUUAUCUGAGGGGCUGUGGGACUGCCAUGCUGCACGACUUUACACAACAAGUCCAAGUAAUCGAGAUGUUACAAAAAGUCACCAUUGAUAUUAAAUCACUUUCUGUUGAAAAGUAUGACGUCAGUUCCCAAGUUAUUUCACAGCUUAAGCAAAAGCUUGAAAACCUGCAGAAUUCUAAUCUCCCUAAAAGCUUUAGAGUUCCAUAUGACCCUGGACUGAAAGCAGGAGCACUGGUGAUUGAAAAAUGUAAAGUGAUGGCCUCCAAGAAAAAGCCCCUGUGGCUUGAGUUUAAAUGUGCUGACCCUACAGCUCUGUCAAAGGAAACAAUUGGAAUCAUCUUUAAACAUGGUGAUGAUCUGCGUCAAGAUAUGCUAAUUUUACAGAUUCUACGAAUCAUGGAAUCCAUUUGGGAGACUGAAUCUUUGGACCUGUGCCUCCUGCCCUAUGGUUGCAUUUCAACUGGUGACAAAAUAGGAAUGAUCGAGAUCGUGAAAGACGCCACCACAAUUGCCAAAAUUCAGCAAAGCACUGUGGGCAACACGGGUGCAUUUAAAGAUGAAAUCCUGAAUCACUGGCUCAAAGAAAGGUGCCCUCUUGAAGAAAAGUUUCAGGCAGCAGUGGAGAGAUUUGUUUAUUCCUGUGCUGGCUACUGUGUGGCAACCUUUGUCCUUGGAAUAGGAGACAGGCACAACGACAAUAUUAUGAUCACGGAGACAGGAAAUCUAUUUCAUAUUGACUUUGGGCACAUUCUUGGGAAUUACAAAAGUUUUCUGGGCAUUAAUAAGGAGAGAGUGCCGUUCGUGCUAACCCCAGACUUCCUGUUUGUGAUGGGAACUUCUGGAAAGAAGACAAGCCCAUACUUCCAGAAAUUUCAGCAGAUGGAGGCAGCAUUACCAUUUAAGAAAAGCAAGUGGACAGGAACCCUUCUUUUCAUUGAAGAAUAUUUGUGAAUUUUUCUUCUCCUUCUCUCCCCUUAGCCCUAGAAUCUUUCCCUGGAGUUUCGGUUUUAUGGUACUGAGAUUACUUUUUCAUUUUUGUAGAUAUGUACAAUAGUAUUUCACUCCCUCUCCACUGCUAGAUAAGAAUGGAAGAGUUUGGGUUUUAAGAAAAAGUAAGCCGAUUCCAUAUGAUUUUGGAUAAUCUAAAGCAGCCACAGUUAAUCAGUGUGUAGAAAUUGGUAGAUUGUGUAUACAAAGUAAUUUGUUUUCAGUUUACUGAAUUGAUAGUUGGGACAGUUAACAAAUCAAGUCAGAAUUUUGACCCUGAAAUGGUGAUGAAUUCUUUUGUUCCUAAGAUUUAUGGGGGUGGUGCUUUGUAAAAACAAGCCUUUCUUUUGGUACUAGAUGUCAUAAUUAAGCAUUUGAAUCAACUAUCAAAUUAAGAGCAGAUGUACUAUGUAGGCUCAAUAUAUUUAUUAGCUACCAAUAGAUAGUGUUCUACCUAAUAACAUAUAAAGUUCCCCACACUCAUUAACAAGUAGACUAAACCAAGUCCCUGAAUCAUACUCUUCCUCUACCCCCUUCUUCUCCACUUGAGAAUAUAAAGCCUUCGGCAUGCAGUUAAGAGGGAGAGAAUGAGGAUGUUUGAGGCCAGUGUACUAGCAGCUCUGGCAGUGGAGAAAAUUCUUUUGCUAUAGCCAGUAACUUCUGUGUUUUCCCCUGAGCUCCUGGAGCCACAUCCUCAUAGUCCCUCACAGGCCUUUGGCUGAGGUGGCAUAGUCAGGGCCCUCUCACAAACCCUGCGGCAAAGGGCAGAAAUGAAACUUGCAUGGCCUUCGCUGGCAGAGAGCUACUCAGCUGUGCCCCUGAAGAGAAGAGAACCAGCUGCAGAUGUAGCCAGUGUGCUAUAUGCUUCCACUGGCUCACCCACCUAUGUGGGCCAGCGUGAAAAGAACCCUCCCCUCGGCACUGGUUGGAGCAAGGCGUAUCUCCCACUCUAACCGCCUCAACCCCCAGGUCUCUACUACCUAAGAGGACAUUUUGGCCAGUGGUCUGGGUGGGAAGGUGACCUCCUCAAUGUUUAGAAGUGUGUGUUCAAUAAUGCAACCUCUCAUACUUUUAAUAAUAGUCAACAUUUGCUUUACAAAUAUCUCAUUUAAAUCUCACCACAACCAUAUGAAAUGGAUAUUUAUUUUCAUUCUACAGAUGGGGAAACUGAGGUACAGAGAGGUUCAGUAACUUCUCCAGUGACAUACAGCUUGUUAGUAAUAAAACCAAGAUUUGAAUCCAAGCAGCUAGGCAUGACUGUGUGCUGUUAUCCACUGCUCCACACUGCCUUUUAAGCGAAGGAUAAUUCAAUCUGUACCCAGUCUCUUAAGUCUGCGCAGCCAGUCAGAAUUUGGACAUUGUGUCUGCCUAGUGUGUGGCGUGCAAUUAAAUUUGGGGAGGAAGUUUCUUUCUCAAAGAAGCAACCCUUCUCUGUGAAAAUCAGAGCUAACCAAUAAAUUAGAGCCAGCAUAAAUUCCUUAUAUGUGUGAGAUGGCCUUCAAGAGAGGCAGGGCAGUUCCUUUCCUUGUUUGCUGCAGAGAUGGGGGAAUCAGUAUGUCACGGUUCAAUACGUAUUUACUGAGCACCUAUGGAUUGGUGUUAAAGUAACUUAGCUUCACAUUAAUCUUCUGUCUUGAAAAUUUUCUAUUAAAAAGAAUUUGACCACACUGUGGGCUCACACAGCAAGGGGUUUGCCUGAAGCCCACGGUGUACAGAAGGAUAGAACAUAAUUGAAAAUAAAAAUGUACCUUAAUUCAAAAUCAAAAGGCAUCCCUGUCUAUGCCCUUGUGAAAAUUGUGCAAGUUGGCCAAUUAAUGAGGCUGUUCCCUGGGGUGAAAUCUGCACUUAGCCUGUGUAAUUACCAAGAAACGAGAAGAGACCUAGGUGGGUCUUAUGGAUGAGCAAAAGAAAAUGAUUUCUGGGCCUAAGUGGAGUCAUUAAGAAUGCAAGAGCACUAAUGUACUGGGUCCAGCAGCAGUGAUGCCUGGGCCAUAGCAGGAAAAGUCUGAGCAGACAUUUGAGUCUCCUGCUUCAUCAUAAGCAGAGAGUAGAUGCGGAGACAGUCUAUCCUCCAUGGUAGGGAAGGGAAGGACCAACACUGAAGGAGCCCUCCCUAUGUGCCAGCCUUGUGCCAAGCAUUUUAUAUUAAUAUUGUCUCACUUCAUAGAUGCCAGAAUAGUCCAGUGGUUUUUGGGCUUGGAAAAGAAAUUGUGGCCAAGGCGGGAAGAAAGAGCAUGAGAACUUAAAGCCAAUUGCUGGUGCUUUUCCUGAAGUACAGUCAACUUUGGUGGCCAGUGCUGCACGGUGCUUUAACACAGCACGUCCCAGCCCAGGCCCAAGCAGGACCCUGCUGCAGGCUCCAUAUGAAGGCAGUGCUGAGCCCCACCCUCUCUGCUCAAGGUCUCAAUUCCCUACCACUGGCCUAGGUCCAGUCCCCACACCCAUUUUGCCAGGUACGUUAACCUGUAGCUCUCAGCUGAGUUCUUGCCUCACCCUCUGACUUACAUUUAGUCUUCCAGACUAAUAGUGAUGAUAAUACCAAGAGCUAAUGUUAAUAAAGCCCUUGCUACGUAUUAGAUCUUGGGAAAAGCAUUCUGUGUGCUUUAUCUUAUGUAGUCCUCACAACAACCGUAUGAAGUAGGCACCAUCACUAUCAUUCCUCUCUCCUCUCCAGUUGCAGUCAAGUCGAUUCUGACUCAUGGCAACCCCAUGUGUGUCAGAGUAGAAUUGUGUUCUAUACGGUUUUCAAUAAAUGAUUUUUCAGAAGUAGAUCGCCAGGAUUUUCUUCUGGCACUACUGGGUAGACUCAUACCUUCAGCCUUUUGGUUAGCAACCAAGCACAUUAACCGUUUGCACCACCUGGGGACUCCCUCACUGUCAUUAGCAUCCCUUCACACGGAUGAAGAAAAGGAAGUUAGAUAAUUUGCCUGACAUCAUAGAAGCUCCUAAGUGGCUGAUCUGGGAUAGCCCCGAUCUGCCUGUCUCUGAGCUGCCUCGGACACCAUGGGCAAACCACCUCUGGCUUUGACUGACUUAAGAACACCCUACCUUGGUGGAGGUCACAAUCACCCAUCUUACACAAACCUGCAGACAGAAACCAGAAAUGCUAGUCAAAUCUUGAUACUCUCCCAGCAUUCCUUCAACACUGGAAGGGGGCAUGGGACCUAGUUAUACUAUCGUUAUAUAUUCAUCACCUUAUUUAUUAAUUAAGAUGCCAACGUCAAAUCAUGCUUUGUGGAAAAGAAGACAUGGUAUUGAUACUUUUUAACUCAACCAUAAACACUGAACAUGAAUUUCGUUUAAAUAGUCAUCACUUACUAUAUGGCAGGCAUUGUGCUACACAAUGAAUCAGUCUCAAGAAGAUCAUGGUCUAGUGGAGUCAGAUAUUUAACCAAAUACUUAAGAAGUGGAUUGACUUACCUGUAUAAUGGCCUUGCUCCAAGACUUUUUGGGGAGGCAUAAGCCAUAGUUAUUUUUUAAAGCCCUCUCUUUCACUCAAUAUUCAGAAUUUGUAUUAAAAUUCCAAAGUUCUUUCAAUAAUUUUGAGAACAGACGGUGAAAAGCUAAUUCAUAUUUUCUUAUAAUAGAACAAAGUGUAAAAUAAAAAUGCAAAUGAACUAAAUUUCAAAUACAACAUUUCCAUCACUUCUUUGGAUUGAUUGCAUCAGCUCUUGGCAAACAUUAUUUAGUCUUAAAUAAAGCUUAUUGAUUACAGUACAGUGUUUAAAAACUGACUCAUUCCUUUCAGAGCCCACAGAAAUUUCCAUUCUCAAUUUCCUAGGAAAGAAAUGGAAUUAAAAAGGUAGAGUAAUAAAUGAGACUCAUCUGUAUCACUUAUCCUUCCUUGAGCAUGCUGUGGAUAUAUGCAACUACAGUAAAGUACUUAAGAGAUUAUAAAAACAGUUUAUGUUCUCACCAAGUUUUUUCAUCUGAGGCAGGGCACCUACCUCAUCUGUGAUGGUUUCUUUUCAU